AAAAAAAAGCCGAACAUUUCAUUCAUCAUUUAAUAACCUUUGUUUUUGUACUCCCGAGUAUAGUUAGAGUGAGAAAUAAAAAAGCCGAAAAUCAAAUUCCUUAUUUAAUGACUCUGUUUUUGCACUCCCGAGUACAAUGAGAGUAAGAAAUGAAAAAAGCCGAAAACUAGCUAUAAAAGAGUUUGCUUCUUUAGGAAUUCAUUUUAAGUGUCUUCAUUUAUCUGAGUUCACUAUGGCAUCAUCAUUUUUCAGUCAAACAAGAGUUAAAACAUACAAAUAUGCAUGCGUCUUCUUCGAUGAAGAUAAAUGUAUUGGUUCUGUCAAAACUAAAGAUAUUGUAAAUAGGGAAGAAAAGUUACUGAGCGUUGACGACAAUGUAUUUGUGCGAUGGGGUAGCGGAAAGAAUGUACAAAAUCACAAAGCUACAAUUUUAUUUCUAAACAAUGAAUGGUCAAAUUGCACACAGUUUGAAAGAGAUUGGUUGAACAACGAGAAAACAUUUAUUUAUAAAAGACAACCUUCAUUAGUAGAAAUAAAUUACAAAGUCCCACAACUAAAUUACCAAGUUGAUUUUAGUGAUGUUUUACGAGAACCGCGGAAGGCACAAAAUGGUAAAGUAGAAAACACCGCCGAAGAACCGCCAAAGGAUAAAGUGGAAAACACCGCCGAAGAAACGCCGAAGACGCAAAACGAUGAAGUUGAAAACACAUUCUCCUUUCUAAAGUUAUUGGUUUCACCUGGAAAACCACUGCCAUCAUUUUCGCCACCUACUUCGACACUAUCCACUUCUAUUCUUCCCGACCUACCUUUUUCUCCGCCUUCACCAGCCAGACCUCUGCAAUCAACACCUGCCGUUAGAACAACACUUUUUCCGAAUUAUCCCGAGCAAACAAAGCAGUGCACGUGCGAUUGUGCUGCUAUGCGACAAAUCAUUGAAAGACUAGAAAAGCGACUAGCUGCGUUGGAAGGGAAUGCAAUUGCCUUAUCCGCAAACUUUAUCGACGACAGUGACGAAGCAUUACCUUCAGUCCAGGGGUUGUCUCCACUAAAGGCGAUGCAGAGGACGAAUAUUGAUGAUGACGAUUUUCAAAUAAAUGAAAGAUUAAAUAGAAAAAAAUACAAGGUGGACACAGCUCCUACUAUAGAAAUUCCGACCGAAUUCUGGCCGAUAGCCAAUGAAGUGAGACAAGGGGCGACAUCUUUCAAAAACUUUAGCUAUCUGUUGCUGGCUAAAUUAUUUGACCACAAGGAGCUUGUAGGAAGAAAUUGUCGAGGAGUUAAAAAACCUGCGAUUGAUGGCUACAAACAAGAUAUUGUUAAAGCUUUUUGUUGGAAGUUUUAUCCAACCAACAUGGCUGCACCGGGUGCAUGGAGGGACUGUCAACGUGCAAUUGAUGAAUUUAUACGACGUAGCAACAGAACAAAGAAAAAUUAUAAAUCAUGCAUGUUGCAGUCAUAAAACUCUUUCAGUUAAUAACUUUUUUGUAAAUAUUUUUUUAGAUGUAAAUAUUUUUUAUUUUUAGAUUUUUUUAAAAAAAUAUAUCAUUAAACAUUAAA